CCCUUUCUCUCUGCAACUGUCCCAUCGAGCUCUAACAAUGGCGGAUUCUUCGUAGCAAAAGACUUCAGUCUCCCUCUCUUCUCCGUUGCCUUGUCUUUGUCUAUUGGUAGCUAAAUGCGUCCAAAGGACAAAAUGCCUUCUUUUACGACGGAGAUGUAGGGAGUGUAUAUUUUGGCCCUAAUCAUCCAAUGAAACCGCACCAGCUUUGUAUGACUCACCAUUUGGCCCUUGCCUAUGACCUCCACAAAAAAAAGAAAAAGGAAAUUUAUCGUCCCCACAAGGCCUACCCUGUUGAGCUUGCUUAGUUCCAUUCAGAUGAUUAUGCUGUUCUUUUUCUCGAAUGAAUUGGUCAAAUAUGCUGCACGAAGAUUGAAACUAUGUGAUAUUGCUAUAAAUUGGACUGGUGGUUUACAUCAUGCCAAGAAGUGUGAGGCUUCUGGCUUUUGUUGCAUCAAUGACUUGGUUUUGGGAAUCUUGGAGCUUCUAAAGUAUCAUGCUUGCGUUUUGUAUAUUGAUAAAGAUGUACAUCAUGGGGAUGGUGUUGAAGAAGCCUUUUAUUUCACUGACAGGGUGAUGACUGUUAGUUUUCACAAGUAUGGAGAUAUAUUCUUUCCUGGAACUGGUGUUGUGAAGGAUAUAGGAGAAAGAGAAGGAAAGCAUUAUGCCAUAAAUGUCCCACUCAAGGAUGCAAUUGAUGACACUAGCUUCACUCAAUUGUUUAAGACAAUUAUUUCCGAGGUUGUUGAAAAGUAUCAACCAGGUGCAAUAGUUCUUCAGUGUGGUGCAGAUUCUCUUGCUGGGGAUUGUCUGGGCUGUUUCAAACUCUCAAUUGAUGAUAAAUAAAUUCACUUGUAAAUUAAGGACUAUUCUCCCCCCCUUAAAUUACUGUUGAAUAUUGGAGUUGUUGAUGUCACUUGCAGGACAUGCUGAGUGUGUUAGAAUUGUGAAGAAAUUCAAUCUACCUUUACUGGCUACUGGAGGUGGACGAUAUACAAAAGAAAAUGUUGCACGUUGUUGAGCUG